UUUGCAUGUUAUAAUUUAACAGAUGUUAAACAUCUGAUAAACAUAUAUCGUCAUGGUGGAUUGUCAGCUCUUCAAUCAGAGACAGAGAAAAUAUCCAACAAAUUUAAAAAUGUGAAGAUUAAUAUUGCAGUGAUGGGUGCAUCGGGAGUCGGGAAAUCCACUUUAGUCAAUGCACUGAGAGGCGUGGAUAACAAUGAUAAAGAUGCAGCUCCCAUUGAUGUUGUAGAAAGCACAAUGGAACGCAAAUGCUACAGACAUCCCACUGUACCCAAUGUGAUAUACUGGGACACCCCUGGAGUCGGCUCACUCAAGGUUAAAGUUAACAAGUUCCUCAAAGAUACCAAGUUUUCAGAUUUUGACUUUGGUUUGCUUGUUAGUGAUCACCGCUUCAGAGAAGAAGAUGAAAUCCUGGUCAAAGCGAUGAAGAAGGCAGGUAAACCGAUCUUCUUUGUGCGCUCGAAGAUCGACCAGUCUCUCUUGUCUGAGAGAAAGAAACCUGGUUACAGCAAAGAGCAAGUAUUUCAUAAAAUCAGCAAUUAUUGUUCCAGCUCAUUGGCCCAAAUGGGUGUGAAAGAUGAACGUAUCUUUCUCAUAUCAUGUGAAGAUCUGGAUAAGUAUGAAUUCCCUGAAUUGCGCAGGGCAGUGGAUGCUAUCCUACCAGAAAUAAAGAGGAAUGUGUUUUUGUUCUCUCUACCAAACAGAUCCAUAGAUAUUAUCAAAAAGAAACAAGAACAUCUGAAGUUUUUCAUCCGUGGGGUUACUGUGGUCUCUGCAGGCUACGGUGCCGUUCCAAUUCCAGGGCUAUCCCUAGCCUGUGACCUAGCCCUGAUUACCUCAGCACUGCUGUACAUGCAUAACGUUCUGGGUCUGAAAACCUCCACACUUGAAAAGCUGGCUAAGUCCUUGGGAAAAUCUGUGAGUGAGCUGCAAGCUAAUACCAAUGACACAUGGAUUUUUGAAGAGAUUGAUCCAAACCUGGUGCAGAUAUUGCUCAUGCGGGAUAACACCAAGUUGCUUCUAACGGCAGCCGAACCAGUCCUGGACUUUGUCCCAAUCUUUGGCACAAUCUUUGGGGUAACCUCAUCUGCUUAUGUAACCUACACUGUCCUGACUGAGGCACUGGAAGACAUGGUGAACGCUGCAAAAACAGUCCUAAAGAAUGCCUAUGACCUUGCUUAAAUCAUCAGCAUGUGGUGAGGGAAAACAGGAAUACACCAGCCUACAGCUUGUUGCAAAUAUAUCACAGCUAAUCUUCAUGCUCAGUCCCCGCUCCUCAUCAUCCUAAGUUCACGUUCCUCAUCAUCCCAAGUGCUUGCUCCUCAGAAAUGAAGACACAGAAAACUGCAAAGAUUAUGGACCCUGACAACAUUUCACCAGUGGUACUGAAGACUUGUUUAAUGUUAUCCAUAUUUUGGUUAACAGAUGGCAAGUGACAUUUACUUCACACAAGACAAGCAAUGAAACAAUCUAACCAGCAUUUCUUGCCAUUCAAUGACAUUAUCAUUACUGAAUCGCCCACUAUCAAUGUCUUGGAGGUUAGCAUUGACUAGAAAUGGAACUGUUUUGUCAAAUAAACGCAGUGGCUACAAGAGCAGGUCAAAGACUGGGAAUACUGUGGCAAGUAACUCCCCUCCUGACUACCCGAAGUCUGUCCACCAUCUACAAGGCACAAGUCAGGAGUGUGAUGGAAUACUUCCCACUUGCCCUGGAUGGGGCAGCUCCAACUGAAGAAACUUGACACCACCCAGGACAAAGCAGCCACUUGAUUGGCACCAAAUCUACAAACAUACCCCCUCCAUCACGGGUACUCAGUAGCAGGAGUGUGUACUAUCUACAAGAUACACCAAAGAAAUUUGUCUUGAUCUUUUAGACAGCACCUUCCAAAUCCACAAUCACUUCCAUCUAGAAGGUUAAGGGCAUCAGAUACAUAGGAACUGCACCCCCCCCCCCCCUCCCCCACCCCCCGCAAGUUCCCCUCCAACCCACUCACCGUCGUUAAUUGGAAAUAUAUCACCUUUCUUUCUCUUUCGCUGGGUCAAAAUCUUGGAAUUCCCUCCCUAAUGACAUUGGGGGGUCUACCUAUAGUGAACAUGAAAAGAAUCAUUGUGUUAAAUUGGUACUCACUGUUCUGGGUCUUUGUUAUUCCUUGCUCUUA